AUGAGGACGGGGAAGGGAUGGAAGCGAGCUGGCGGCGGUGCUGAGGGUUUUGCUGCAGCGAGCGCUGCGCGUAAGGGUUUAGGGUUUGGUGGUAUGAAGGGUGCAGCAGCAGGGGGAGGGUUUGCGAAGGAUGGGGCCCCCGGAGCAGCAGCAGCAGCAACAGCAGCAGGAGGGAAAUCCGCAGCAGCAGCAGCAGCAGCAGCACUUCCGGGUGUGGCUGAGGAGCGAACAAGCAGCAUGGUGCAGCAGCUAACUCGUCUCCCUCUGACAGCAGACGCUGUACAUCUGCAGCAGCGUGGAGCACGUGAUUACAGCAGUUUGCUGCUGAAGCAGCAGCACGAAGAGCGGCCUGUGUGGGUGUGCGGAGACGGCUUCUUAAUAUUAGAGUUGUUUAGAGCUACGAGCAAACAAGCAAACGAUUUUCUCGUUACUGUAGCCGAGCCUCUAUGCAGAAGCGAACUUAUUCACGAGUUCCAGGUGAAGCUGGUGCUAAACGAAAGCUGCUACUUUAUUGAAUCUUCGAGCAAAAAGGAGUUAGACCACCUGCUCUCUAACCCUAGGAUCCGCAGCGCCUCAUUGCUGCCGCAGCAGCAGCAGCAGCAGCAGCAGCUUAUGCGCUUGAUGCAGCAGCCGCAGCAGCAGCAACAACAGCAGCAGCUCGCUGGAAGCAGCGAUCUAGGCGCCGAACAGCAGCAGCAGCAGCAGCAACAGCAGCAGCAGCAAAUGCAGCAGCAGCAGGAAAAUGUGUACUUAACAAGCAGCGCCCCAACCCUAGACGCCUCGCAGCUGGCGUUUGUUCCCUCAGAGCCCGAUGCAGCAGCAGCAGAUAGCAGCAGCAGCAGCAGCAGCAAAGGUGAACAGCUUGCCGCUCCGGGAGGCAUUUCUGCUGACAAGUCAUCGCAGCAGCAGCAGCAGCAGCAGCAGAACGGGGGCAAGGCUGCCUCUGAAAGGCAGGUAUAUUCCUUUCAAGUGCGUGCAGACAAAGUCGAAGAGGUGAAGCGGACGUCUAUUGAAGUAAUGCAGAGGCCGCUGCUGAGUGAAUACGACUUCAGAAGAGACUCAAAAAACGCUAAAAUAAAUUCUUUGCUCCUCAAAUCCUCCACCAAAAUCAGAUAUUAUCAAGAAAGAGCUUUAAGAAAGAUGUUCAGCAACGGUAGAGCGCGAAGCGGCAUUAUAGUGCUUCCUUGUGGGGCUGGGAAGACUUUAACAGGGAUAACAGCUGCAUGUACACUGCAGCGCAGCACAGUUGUGUUAACAACAUCUGCUGUUGCAGUUGAACAGUGGAAGAGACAGUUUAUAGAAUACAGCAGCAUCAAUCCAGAUGUGCUGCUGUCUCUAACAGCAGAAGAUAAGCAGCAGCUCUGGAGCCCUGAUGCAGCAGGCGUCCUUAUAAGCACUUAUACUAUGUUAUCUUUUGCUGGGAAGCGAAGUGCAGCAGCAGAAAUUAUACUGCAGCAAAUUAAACAAAGAGAGUGGGGCCUCAUCAUUUUUGACGAAGUCCAAUUCGCACCCGCACCCGCAUUCAGAAAAAUCAACGAUCUCGUCAGGGCGCACUGCCGUUUAGGUUUGACUGCAACAUUAGAGGUUUGGUGUCCCAUGACAGCAGAGUUCUACCGAGAGUAUCUUCGAGUGCCUCAUGCGAAGCAGCGCAAGCUAUGGAACGAGAGCACCUUUAAUACGUUAUUUCUAUCAAAAGUUGGAGACAACGCAAUCGAUAUUCCCUGCGCCAACGUCGUCAUUCAAAUCUCAUUUAACUUUGCUUCCAGGCGUCAAGAGGCGCAGCGUUUGGGCCGCAUUCUAAGAGCGAAGCCUCGAGGAGCAGAAGAAGAAGGAGGUUUUAAUGCUUAUUUUUACUCUCUUAUCAGCAAAGACACUCUAGAGAUGGUGUAUGCAGACAAACGCCAGCAAUUCAUCAUUGAUCAGGGUUAUUCUUACCGGGUGCUGCACUGUCGGGAUUUGCCUUUGGAGCAGCAGAGUUUAGUGUAUGGAGAUAAAGAAAGACAGUUAGAAAUGCUGAGAGAUAUUUUAUUAACAGAUGAUGCUGAUAAAACUCUUGAUGAAGACGAUGAUGAAUCAGGCUACCUUCCUACAGAUACUCAGCAGCAGCAGCAGCAGCAGCAGCAGCAGCAGCUCAUGCUACAUCAGCAGCAACCAGCAGCCAGAGUCGUACAAGGAGGCUUAGCUGGCAUCUCGGGAAUAGAGUCUUCAGGGCGCCCGGCUGGGCGAGGUAGAGGGACGAAGGCGACAGCAGAGAUGCACCCUCUCUUCCGUCGUUAUCAUGGCAACAAACCCUAA